GUUUUAGCACGUUCACCUGGCAUUCGUGCGACUGGGAGCGAUGGCAUUCGAUGGAUGAGCCUCACUCGACUUUGUGCCUGCUUACGUUGGGCGCCACGCAGACCCGGAGCAGCGGAUGAGGCGAGAGAUGAGGCAGUGUGGCAGACGGGCCUCACAGAAAGCGGCACUGGCUCGGGCUCGGAGUCCGAAGGCAGCCUCCACCCCAGAAAAUUGGCUGAGACGAUCAACUUCUCGGAGGAGGACUUUCCUCGGCUUCGACAUCCCGCAGGGAUUGGUCAGCGUUUUCUCCCAGCUUCGCCGUCAAAUUCUCAGCCGCCUGCGCGGGUGUGCUGCCUGGAACCGCAUUGGUGGCAGGUGAUGAUCCAGGCCUCCGCGGAGAUCACCCAGCGGGAGAUCUCCACGCACGCGGAGGUGGAUCGCUCUGAUGUGGCCGCCGAUGUGGCCGAGGUGCUCAGCUUCCUGCAGUUUCAGCCCAGAGACAUCACCCUGGACACGGAGUUGAAGGUCUUUAUCCCCGACUACUUCCCCGCCACCGGCAGUGUGCCCAGCGGCUUGGAGCUGCCGCGACCGGGGGAGGUCUUGGAACGUUCGAGGCCGAAGAGGCGGAAACGGCGAAGACUUCUCCUGCGCUUUCCGUGGCAGCCGUGGUUCGUGGUGAGGUGGCCGAAGCGCUUCCGAGUGCGAUCGACAGUGCCUGCCGGUGAAGACGAGGGCACGGCCGCAAGGACCAGCGACCAACUGGCUCGCUGGUUGCGAGGAAAGACUGGAAGUGCUGCUCUGCUCCGCAAGCGUGCCAAAUGGUCUCAGGUAGAGCGACAUGCCAUUUCGAGUAGCAUGAGGCAGUCCAAGACUUGUAGCCUUGGCCAGACUGGAGGUGAACUGGAGCCGAGUCCCACACAGGAGAAGGUGCCACCUGCACCAGCUCGGCGCAGCGAGCGCAGCGAGGGUCCAGGUGCCGAAGACGCUCCUACAGAGACUCCCCUGGAGGACAUGAGUUGGGAGACGGCCCUGACAUGCUUCUACGAAGCCAUGGAGGAGUUCCUUCGUGAGUAUAAGGAACUGUCCCUGAAAUCCACCUUUCUGGAGCCGCUGAACUUCUAUUGUGCAGUGAGGGGUCUUCCUCCAGCCUCCCAGGAGGAGGUCCAACGAGUAAGAUGCUGGGCAAGCCGGCUGUUGUCAGAGGAGGUUGCAGAUCCUGACGAUGAGAUCUUAGACAUUUGGAGCUGUUUGUCUGAUGACGCUUGGGAAGAGUUCAUGGACCCCGCCAGCUUCGGCGUGUGCUUCCAGGACUUGGACCUUGAAGAUGUGACGGUCAUUGCCAAGCAGCCGAUGCCCAUGAAUCAGGCGGCCUGCGAGGAGCUGCUGCUGCGCCUGGCGCAGCAUUUCGAGGCCCCACGCCUCGUCGCGCAGGCCGCCGCUGCCUGGUCGAGCGGCCCGGUCUUGGAGGUUCUGGGGAUCUUAGAUCGCCACUUCCGUGAGGAGUUGCGGCUGGAGAGGAUCCCCUGGAAGAGUUCGCUGGAACGCGUUGAAGUCUUGUUGGCCUAUCUGGGUGUCUUGAGGCGUACGCCGGCCAUGCUGGAGCAACUACGGAUGGAGCCCCACUGGGAUACUUGCCCGAUCUGCUUUGAGGAGCAGCCGGACGUGCAGCGUUUAGAGCACUGGAGCCCCAAGGGCGAUGUCUCCGAACAUCAGAUGUGCGGCGCGUGCCGGCAGCAAUAUGGCCAGACGAAAUGCCCCUUCUGCAAGGAAGAGCUUUUGAAGGAGGAGCUCUUGGACUUCAUCGAUGCCUUCCUCGGGACCAUCGGCACCGAGGAUGGCGCGUAUGACGCCCAUGAGAUGUCCAUGGUCAUUGAGCAAUGGCAAUUCCACGAGAUGGAAUUUGAGGCGUCUCCUCGCGUGAUGCGGCGCAUGGCGCAGAGCCUCAUGGAGAACCACGCCUUCCAGCGUGACUUGCGUCACGCGCUGCAGAGUGGCGCGGGGCACCGCGGCGCAGUGCACCGCGGCAGUGCCUGGCUUUGGGACGCCGCCAGCCUGCUCUUCCGGCUCUACGGCUUUCAUGAGGCGCAGCCUUUGCAGAAUGGGCAUUUGUUGGAGGAAGCGGUGGAGAUCCUUCUCUCUCCCGAUGAGGAGAGUGGACGCUUGGGUCUCCUAUACGAGCAGGCGCUCCAAGCCUGGCUCCUGUCUGGUGAACGGCCGGAGCUCGCCUCCCUGGUGCGGCGCUGCGGCUGGGCGGUGGUGAUUUCCUACCAGAGUGGUGAUGAAGCCCAGCGAGCCUUGCUGUCGGAGCAGAUCCUAAGUACCGUGCAUGCGGACUACUUCAUGGUGUCUCACCGCGGCAUCUGGGGCUCCAAGCGACAAGACAUGGUGUGGCAAAGCUUUUGCACCGACGGCCCACGUGACCUCGUGUAGGGACACUGGCGCAGCGCGUUCCGUCCGUGACCGGUGCCGAAAAAAGAAGGGAGUCGAGUUGAGCAAAACUCCGUCGGAUGAGGUGUCGGAGGAGUCCUCCGCUGUGGGGACGGC